ACCAGCUCAGGUUCAGCGAGCAGGCAGCGGCAGCAGCAGGCUGCAGCCCAUCCACCAUUCAAUGAGAAAGGGAGCUCCGCUUCUUUCAGUCCGGAAGUCAUCCAUCCGGUCCUGAUGCUGCCUUUUUGUGAUAUACAUAUAUAGUGUUUUAUAUAAGAAAUUAAUAAAUACAUACAUAAAUAAAAAUAAUUUAUUUUAAAAAAAUCCUCCCAGUCUAAUCCGGAAGUCUUGAUUUUUUUUUUUUUUCUGUUCUUCUUCAGCAAACAUGGCCGCUAAAUCUGAUGGAGCCGCCGUGUCUGUGCAGAAUGUGAAUCCGUCCAGGAACCAGCCGAUCCCGGAGCAUCACCAACCCCAAUACCGUCAUGCCGGGAAGCGCUACUCCCUCCUGGAUUGCUGCUGGGUUCUCUGUGCUAUGUUGGUUUUCUUUUCGGACGGAGCCACCGACCUGUGGCUGGCGGUGGACUACUACCUGAAGCGGGAUUACUGGUGGUUCGGGCUAACGCUGGUGUUCGUGGUAGUUCCCUCUGUGGUUGUGCAGGUGUUAAGUUUCAGGUGGUUUGUCUAUGAUUACUCGGAUAGCAAUAGCAGCAGCGGAGCGGCGGCGGCGGCGGCGGCUGCUGCAGCGGCGGGAGGGGAUUUCAAUUUCAGCACCAAGGGCAGCGACAAGCGGGGCGCUGGCAGCACCACCGGGGCGCGGGCAGUGCCUACGGCAGCAAGCAGCAGCAGGAGCGGCCCCCAGACCUGCUGCAGGGUCUGCAUGUGGCUUUUUCAGUCCAUCAUACACAUCCUCCAGCUCGGACAGGUCUGGCGGUAUCUGCGCUCCCUCUACCUGGGAGUCCAGAGCCGCUGGCGCAGCGAGCACGAGCGGUGUCACUUCCACUGGCGGAUGAUGUUCGAGAGCGCGGACAUCAACAUGCUGCGUCUGCUGGAGACCUUCCUCAAGAGCGCCCCCCAGCUGGUCCUGCAGCUCAGCAUCAUGAUCCAGAGGAACCAGGUGGAGCCGCUGCAGGGUCUGUCUGCCUCUGCAUCUCUGGUCGCCCUGGCUUGGGUGAUCGCCUCCUAUCAGAAGGUUCUCCGUGACUCCCGCGAUGAUAAGAUGUCCUUGUCAUAUAAGGCAGUCAUCAUCCAGAUUCUGUGGCACCUCUUCACCAUUGGUGCUCGAACCAUCGCCUUCGCCCUCUUCGUCUCUGUGUUCCAGCUCUACUUUGGGAUCUUCAUCGUCACCCACUGGUGCAUCAUGACCUUCUGGAUCAUCCAGGGGGAGACGGACUUCUGCAUGUCCAAAUGGGAGGAGAUCAUCUAUAACAUGGUGGUGGGCAUCAUCUACAUCUUCUGCUGGUUCAAUGUCAAGGAGGGGCGGACCCGCUACCGAAUGUUCAUCUACUAUUUCAUUACCCUUACCGAAAAUGCUGCCUUGACGGUGCUUUGGUAUUUGUACCGGGACCCGCAGACCACAGACUUCUACGCCUUAAUCAUAGUUUGUGUGGUGGUCUGCAGCUUCGCUCUUGGAAUGUUCUUCAUGUUCAUUUACUAUUGCCUGCUGCACCCAAAUGGACCCAUAUUUGGGUCCCAGUGGGGCUGUGUGGAGGACGAGGGGCCAGAACCUACUGCCAUUCCCCCAGAUGUUGUAACAAGUCCCCCUAGAUCUUUACAGAGGACUAUGGGUGCGGAAAGGGAACAGGUACCAGGGGACCGGGACAGCUGUAUGCCUGUUUUUCAGGUGAGGCCAAGCGUCCCACAAACCCCAGUUGCUCGCACUCCACGGACAGAAGGGCCUGUCAUUAGGAUAGACUUGCCCAGGAAGAAGUAUCCAGCUUGGGAUGCCCAUUUCAUUGACCGGAGGCUACGUAAGACUAUCUUAGUACUAGAGCACACCUCUCCUGUCACCCCCCGGCUACAGUACCGAAGCCUCAGUGCUCCCAAGGAAGUGAUGGAGUAUGAAACCACAGUGUAGACAAGCUCAGACAAAGUCUAAGGUUGAUGUGAGGUAACCUGUCUCUUUGAAAGGCUUUGUGCAGUCAACAUUGAGAUAGGGUAGGGGGUGGUCACGGAACCCCUGACCUUGCAGCUUAACUUCAGAACCCGGGCUUGCUGAGCACAGCUGCAUUUGGAAACCAGAUCUUGUGCAAAAGGGGGCAGCUCAAACUCUACUGUUGCGACUGCAUCAGUCAGAUUUUCAUUGGCUCUUUGUGACCACGGCUGUCCGAAGAAAUACAUAAAUGAACUACAUUUUAAAUUGCGUUCGACUGUAUUUGAUUCGGGGCACGCACAGUUCGAUCAGUUGUCAUGGUAGCACUGAAAUGUAUUACCUGUGAACAUGUUAACGAAAAAGCAAAAGGUUGUACGUUGGUUUGCAUCAAUAUGGUAAAGGAUCUCUCAUAGGCUAGCAAAUGUUUUUAGCAACCUCGUCUCAAGUGGCCAUGUCCUGUUGUUGUUUGUUUUUUUUUUGGUUUUUUUUACCUUUUUUCAAUGUCUGUCUUACUUUUGGUUUGUCUUAGAUGAACAAUGUGUCAUGCCAAGGCCUGAGUUUACAGUUUUGGCCAAGUUGUAGUUCAGUAAAUUAAGGAUUAAACAUUAUACAAAUAAUAUUAUAUAUAUAGAUAUGCACAAAAAAACUGUUGACUAAAUGUAUUUAGGAAAUUAGCAAAAUGGCUGAAGUUGACAGCCUUAAAAACGGUACAUAGCUUGUGGAUAUAUUUUAAAGUGAAUGGGUAGACUCUCAGAAGCUGUUUGAAACCACUUCUACAUUGAGAUUGUUAAAGUGAAAUGAUGCUAAAUCUGCAAUUUAUUGCAAUUUCUCAUGACUGAAAAUGAAAUACGUCGAGGCAGACUUCACUUGAGUAUCUUUGUAGUCGUGUGCGUUACAUAUAUAGAUGUUUGAAAUAGGUGGCGGGACUGAGACGUUUAGCAUUAUGCCAUUUCUCACUGUGUUAACUGACUUAAAACAAAUCCAAGAAAUGAUCUUUCACAAACACACUUUACUACAUAUUCUGCCAACCCACCAUUUCCAUCUUCACUAUCUCUACCAUGUGAAAAACCAGCUUACAAGUUUUUGCUAGGUUUUGCUCUGUCUUUCCACGUGUAAAGAAGGGUGUGAUGUGUAAAGACAAUGUAACAGGGAAGUUUGCAAGGGAUUUUUGUGAAGCAGCAGUAUGUCGAAGAACACAGAGCAGAACACAAAUAGAGGACAGUAGCUUUGGGGCAACCACAGAGGACUCAGUAUCAAUGAGUUAAACAUUGGUGCUACAGCUGAGCAUAUUACAGUUAUCACUUAGAAACCACACAGAUACAGUGAAGCCUUAUUAUCACCAGACUGUUGCUUUUCACUGCAAAAAAUAUAAUAACAAUAAACUAAAAAAGAGUGUGAGACUGCAUCCCUCGGUGUGGGUUCAGUAAUGUAAUCGUGUAUUAUUUACUGUGUGUUACUGGUGGAUGCUGGCAAUUGGAAAUGCCAUGGUCAUGGGGUUUAUACUGAAUUGGUAUUCAUAAGCCUCAAAGAGAAGGACACAUGGUCUGCUGACAUGCCAGGAUACUAUCUAUACAUUUUUUGGUGCUGAACUUUCCUGGAAGCCGUCAGCCUGCUGAUAGAUCAGAGGGGGUGAAUUUCAAAAGUUGAUCGAUCAACAUUCACCUAUUCCUUAAUCUAUUAGGAAAUAAGUACAUGAAUGUUUUACAAACUGAGAGCACAAAUAAAAAAUGCUGCAGUUUUCUUCAGAUGGUUAAACUUCACAGGAAGUGAUGCUCUUCAUCCCUUCAAGAUUAAUUCAUUGGUAAACCCAGCUUUUGAAAAUCAGACCCCAAGGGUAAGACAGAUGGACAUGGGCCAGUCUUUGCCGCUCUGAUUUGCCAAUGUGCCUCAAACCUGACCACACAGACUAUUCUUUGUGGAAGCAAGAGAUUUGAUUCUUCUCUGUGCUUAUUCAAUCUGGGGCUGAUUCAGAGGAAGGCUUCCAGAUGUGCCAAAACACGCUGAGAGGUCCAGUGUUUUUUUUUUUUUUUUUUUUUAAACAAACUAUUAAAGACCAGGAAACACUAAACUAAUUUCUCCUUAAUGCAAAACCAGAUUUAAAUUUAAAUUUCAUGACAAAAGGAUUAAGGAAUCAAUUGACAAAUAAAUAAUGAUACUGUAUUUCCGUAAAAUAAUAUAAAGCUGUAAUGUAAGGGAUCUUAAUCUUCAGACUGCAUUUGUUACAAGCAGACCGGUUGUCUUGACAGUAUGUGCUUUGAAUAUAACCCUUUACUUUCUGUUUUGACACGACAUGAAUAUUCAUCAAACUGCCAUCUAGACUAUAUAGAAGAGCUCUGCGUUACUGUAACUCACUUCUAGAGAUAUAACCAGGUCAGGUCAGCUUCCUAAAUACACUCAGAUUCGGUAAAUCCAGAAAGCAGACUCACAGUUGACAAUAGUGUUUGGGGAAAAUGAAAUUGGAAAGGUGGCCAUAAAUGUGUUUAAAAAAAAGGGCUCUGCGCUCUAUCAAAGCAUGUAUACUGGAAUCACUAAACUCAGGUGUGUCGAUUAACACUUCAUCAUGUUUGUAGCUCUGCAGUAUAAACCCCUGCAGAAGAUCUCGAUUAUUUUGAUUGUCUCCAUUGUGUUUUCUUUUCUUUUCUGUGGCUCAGUUGCUGCUGUAAAACUGGUUUGAAUAGGUUUCAUUUUUUUUACUCUGUGGCAGAUAUGCAACCCAGAUUUCCAAAUUUUAUUCUCAGAAGUUGAUAGCGGUAAAAAGUGGUAAGGACAAAACAAACCACUGAAGCGAGCCCGUGAACGUGUAGUAAACUUUGUGGUGACCACAUAAUUCUUUGAUUUGUGUCAUUUAAUCAAAUUUAUAACUGUAAAAUAAAAUAAACGGUUGUUCCGGGAAACAGUCUCAAAAAAAAAAAAAAAAAAAGCAUGAUUCAUAACUUGUUUCCCUGUAUCACCUCACAAUAUGUGUUUUUUUCUAUUAAAAAAUGUAUCCCUUAAAAAACAAAUAUGCAAUAUGUUAUUUUUGUUUCUUUGAGUGUUCUUUGCAGCGUCUAUGCUGGCGUGACAGAUGGAAUGAGUUAGUGGUUAGUAGUUCUGUCUGUACGAAACAGCCAAUGAAACGGGGUCUUGCUACCAAGCCCACACAGUGGGAGGGGCUGUCUUCAUUUAGCAGCUGCUUAAAGACAUGCCAACCUGUCUGGUGGAAAUGUCAACUAUUUUUCUUUUCUUGUGUUCUUCCAAUUUAUUUAUUUACCACAUUUUGUUUGAUUCCUUGACUAAUGCUGUAGUGACAGAUCAGUUUGAAACUGCUAUGCCUGAAUGCUGGAUGAGACUGUAUUAAAAGGCUGGGGGUGAACAGUAUGCUGGAUACAAACAACUGGUCAAAGCACAGUUCUGCCUCUGGGUAGCAAGCUGCUUAGUGCAGAUUCUUUUUGGUUGUUGUUUUCUGAUUGAACUAACACAGCGUCCAGCUUUACAACAUAAAAUGACACAUUGCACAUGGCCCCUGGAGGCUUACUAUACAUGCUGUCUGUAUUGAGCUGUGUUUGCCAGAAUGGAUCCACUGCACAUUUUAGAGUGUCUGCAAGAUCUCAUUCUCAAAAUAACAUUACAUACCGGGGUCUAGUCAAUUGAUCUAGACAGUGACCGAUGACUGAGAUCAUUCAAAAUUGAGGACCAUGGCUAUUAAAACCAAACAUAUAACGAUGCAUGUGUAUCUCUUUAGUGCAUUUGUGUCUGUAACAAUAUGUUACUUUAGACAAUGGGCUGUUUCUUAAGGGUAUCAGUUUAACAGAGCUGGUAUUCCAGUUCAACAUUAUAAAGAACAGAAAUCACCUGAACAAGAUCUCACACUUUGGUGAACUUGGAUUCAAAAUGAUAUUAUCUAAGUCCUUAAUGAAAACAAUAAUAGUCUAUUAAUGUUUCUACAGCCUGUUUUUCUCUGCCCUAUCAAACUCCACUCCCACUCCUUACAAUAGCUUCCUGCUUGGGGUGUUAACCGCAGUGACAGUAGCCAUGCUUUUGUCUAUCUGUGGGAAGCUUGUAGCAUUUCUCAGAACUGGGAUUGUGUUUUGACUGGAAGCUUGUUCAUUAUUUGAGAGAUGUACCAAACUACUGGAACAUUCAAUUCUUGAAAAAAAAAAUGUUUUGUGAUUCACAAUAUUAAAAUAGAGUGAAAAAAAGGAUCACUGCUUCUUAGUGGAUCGUUGUUCCACUUCUGUUGUAAGUGGCAUUUGUAACUUUACUAGCAUUAUGGAGCUAAGGUUGGCCAAAGUCAACAAAUUUGCAAAGAAAAUCUUGCAGAAAAAUGCAUGAACACACACUCUAAGAGGGUGUCUUUCUUUAUCUUUUUUUAUGUUAAGUUCAUUAGUAGCUUAACUUUAACCAUGGGGGAGCUAAAAGUUUCUAUCCUGCAGUUAACAUGGCACCUCAGAAGGUAAAACUAAAAGAAACUCAAAUAAAAUAAAUACAAAAAAUAAAAACUUGACAAAUGCUUUUGCUAACUCCUGGUCAGUUGUAUUGGCUGCAACGGUCAUUAAGCAUCACAAUAGAGGAGGUUUUGGAGAGUCCAGGCCCGAGCUGGGAGUCCCAGUCCCUACAGCAUUGUGUUUGAAUGUAAAUAUCCUGUAAACGCUCCGGAAGAUCUGCUCAUUGUGAUAGAACAGCCACUUCACAACAACCACUGUGUUCUAUGAAGGCAUUGCAGAGCAUUGGCUUUGACUAAUCUUUGCCAUUUCCAUAAGAGCCUAUAGGAUCAGUCUGCUAUAAGGCUAUAUAUCGGUUAACAUCAAAACUAAUAAAAAGUGCAGUAGAAAUAAGGUAAUUUGUAUAGCUUUUAAUGGAGGCGUUACCGUACUGUAAUAUGUAGUACAGUGUAAUAGUGGAACAGUGCAGUGCCACCCACAAGCUUUGCACGCUGCCAUAGCAUUUUAAAUACAUGCCUUCAAAAUGAUGCCCACUACAGUACGUCUGAUGAAAUUAAGUAAAUCAGCACCAUGCUUAUUUUCAAUUAGCUUCACUGUGGGGGCUGUAGCUUCUGAAUCAAGGGGCCAAGUUCAGCUCAAACGCAGAACAUCAACAGCUUGAGCGGUGUAAGUGAAGCAGCAAACAUCCCCUGGUGGCUGUGCGGAGGUGAAGCACUCUGGGUACCUCGUCUGCUCCUGCCAGCUCACAAAUGCAGUCAAACAGUGCCCCCUCCUGGAUGAAAAAGAAGAUGCAUGUUCAAAAUGACACAACUGGUAGCUGAACAGUUCCUGUUUCUAGCAGUUGUUUUAAUUAAAAGGGGUAUUAUAUUUAUUUGCAGCCUGCGACUCUCAUGCAUGCGUAGCUCAUUCUAGUCUGACGUUCUGCAGUAAGAAGGUUCUAAGCUCAGGGGGCUUCUGUGUGCAGGUGGAAAAUGACUGUUGAAUUUGGAAUCUAAUUGGCUGAGGCUUGUAAUUAACCGACUAAGCAGUUCAUUCUCAGCUCAAGAUAACUUCCAGCAAACCCAUGAUUAUUAGUUAAGCAUAGUCUCUGCCACUCCUCAGUUUGCUGUCUGAUUUUCUGGUGUAUUUAUUGUAAGCAGCUCUAGUUACACAGCUCCAGUGUGUCUGCACAUAGCCAUUUUCAUAGAUUCUUCCUGACACUAUUUGCAUAACAUGAAAAAUUGUAAAUGUGCCAUGUGAAUAUUCUCUUUUUUUAUGUGUAUGGAUUUGAAUUUGCUUUUUAAAGUAAUUUUUGUAUCUACCUCAGCUAUUAUUUUUUGUACAGCUUUUGAACCUGUAUUUCUGUUGUUAGUAAAAAAAAAAAAAAAACAGAUUAGUGCUGUUGUAUAGCCAGAAA